AUGGACUGUGAUGCUGCUUGUAUUAGUGAGCUUCGAAUGAACAGAGAUACUUUUAGAAUAUUGUGUGAUAUGGUAAAAGAUGUUGGGGGGUUAAAACCUAGUAAGAAUGCAUCCAUAGAGGAGGUUGUGGCAAUGUUUAUUUACACCUUGGCUCACCAUAAAAAAAGUAGAACAAUUAGUCUACUUUUUUCACGGAGUAGAGAAACUGUGAGUAGGCGAUUCCAUCAAGUUCUUUAUGCAAUUAUGAGAUUACAUGAUAUUUUGCUUAAGAAGCCGGAGCCUAUUACUCAAGAUUGUCAAGAUGAGAGAUGGAAGUGUUUUCAGGGAUGCCUAGGAGCUUUAGAUGGAACAUUGAUUAAAGUUACACCACCUAGUGAAGAGAAGUCUCGAUAUCGCACAAGAAAGGGAUGUAUUUCAACAAAUGUCUUAGGUGUUUGCUGCCCAAACAUGGAAUUCAUAUAUGUAUUGCCUGGAUGGGAGGGCUCAGCACACGAUGGUCGUGUGCUUCGAAAUGCAAUCUCAAGGCCUCAUGGUCUAAGUGUCCCGCGAGGUUAUUAUUAUUUGGUGGACUCUGGAUACUGCAAUGCAAAUGGUUUUCUUACACCAUAUAGAGGACAACGGUAUCACCUCAAGGAAUUUGAUGGCCAUCAACCUGAGACAGCGGAGGAAUACUUCAACAUGAAGCAUUCUAAAGCAAGAAAUGUAAUUGAAAGAUGCUUUGGACUGCUGAAAGGAAGAUGGAAGAUCCUUGCAUCGCCUUCCUUUUUCGCAAUUCAAACCCAAGUUCGCAUUAUAAUUGCGUGUUGCCUUCUACACAACUUAAUCCGCAAGUUUAUGAGUUUUGACCCUCAAGAAUUAAUUAUGGAAGAAGAAGAGGAGAGUGAGGAUGAGGAAAGUGAUGAAGAUGAUGAAGUAGAAUAUGUUACAAAUAUUACUCCAACUAAUGAGUGGUUGCAAUUUAGAAAUAAUAUGGCAACCAACAUGUGGAACAUGUGGACUACUGGAAUCAAUAGCAAUGAUGUGGAUUAG